AUGACUGAGAAAAUGGAUAGAGAUCCUGGAUUUAUCCAAUUAACUGAGGAGCUUGGGAGAAAUUUCCCAACUGCAUGGACGCAGGAGAUUUCAGAAAGGGCUCUGUCUCUGGAGACUCUCUGGAAUACUGAAGCAUCAGACAAGUGUAUGGCACGAAUGAAAAAAGAUCCAGAGUUGGAACCUAUACUAUCUGAAAUAGAGGCUGCUGGCCCUUCUGCUAUGUUCAAGUACUGGAAUGAUGAAGAUGUGUUGAAAAAGCUGGGUGCAGCAAUGGAUACUUUGACUCUCAGUGAUGUCGAGGGUCUGAAAAUGUCCUUGGCAUCUGGUGGUAACAAAGAUGAAGAACUCUUCGAGGGAAGGAAAGCACUGGAGAUUGUAUGUGAAUAUGCCAAGAGCAAAAAGGUCAAGUCGGUUGACAAAAAGAAGAAAGAAAAAGGAGUCACCAUUGCAUUGUGCUGCGAAUCCUGCGAGGAAGGAAUGUGUAAGCCUUGA